UAGGAAAGAGCACUCAAUCAGAAGAAUGCACUGACAGUAACAAGAAAUUCUGUCUACAUAUGAUGGUGACAUUGUAUGAUGGAAGAAACGGAACGAGACUGCUUACUGUUUGCCUUCUACGCGACGGUUGGUGAAGUGAUCGAUCAGGUGUCUGCUGCAUCUUCUCUCUCUCAACGUCACACUGAAGAUCUGACGGACAAUAUCUCUUCCAUAUUACAACACGGCUGCUCGGUGCAGGUAACUCAAGACACUGUUGACUACUGGCCUUUCAUCGAAGGUCUUCAGACCCUCCAACCUUGUCUUUGUGCUAUAAUUGACAGAUUCUCACGAAAGCCGUUCGACAGUAACAAAGAACGAUGUCUAGCGUGGAUCCGCUAUUCGCUUCAAGAGCAAGCCUUGCAGUCCCAUCUUGCUAUACUCGUUGCUAAUCAAGACCACGUGAAGAGGAACUACCAUGAACAUGCGUUUCUCAAGAGCCGACAUCACAUGUCAGCUCUUAGAGACUGUCUGAAAGCUCUUGAUCAGAAGAACAUGGACUUACUUCCUGAUCUUGUUGAUUUUACGAGCAUCGGUGAGUUUAGUCCAUCUCCAAAGGACGAUCCACCGGUUUCGUUCUACAAUGGUUACGACUCGGGUGUAGAAUGUGCUGCUGUGGAAAGCAUGAAUGUUGCUAUGAAGCAGCAGAGAACGUUAGAGUUUGGGCGUAUACGUGAAGUGUCAGCGGUGGCUCCUAGUUCUGCUGUUGCAAACUUUGAAAGAACAAAAAGUUGUUCGUUUCAUUCAUUGUCAAAUCUUGAUGGUGGCGGACAUCACAGAAUGUCUGGAGCUCAAGGCUUGCUACAGAAACUGCAACAAGAUGAAAGGAAGGCAAGAUCGUUAACAACUACUCCUGAGUUACAGGCACGUGUUUUGUCACAAGGUGAUGACAGUGAUGCAGAAACACAGACGUUACCAGAUGGUUAUACACGAGCUCACUCACCUGAGAGUAAUAUAUCGAUCCAUAGCGAAGACAGUUUUGUUGUGAUAGCAUCAAAUCAUGCAGCUACACAUCCUCUUGUACAAGUCAAGGAAGAAAUCGUAGAUCAGUCCAACAACGAAAUGUCACUACCCGAACGAGUGAGUGACAAGAAAGGCAGACGUAAGUCAACGAUAAGUCAAGAGAAUACAAGAGUAAUGAAUAGAAGACAGCAGGAGGACUAUAAGAAGCCGAGAGCUCAGUCUGCUGUUAGUCGUGUGUCGUUGUUGGAGACAAUGGGCUCUCCUCGUUUAUUUGCCUCUGAUAGUCUGGAAAAGGACAAUGCACACUUUGCGGUUGCUGACAUGUUGAUUGCAGCAUUAGAAGAGGUGAAUGCCAUUCAUUUGGAGACUUCCUGUUUCUCUUCAUCACCAGAUGAAGGUCGUCAGUUUGUACGUCUCAGAACCAGGAGACAAUCAGGUUCAGUGAGCAAUCACAGUGAUGAACUAGAAGGUAGUGGGAGGAAAUAUGAAUCAGAAGAUGAAGAGUUUGAGUUGUCAGACAGCUGGAUAGACAAGGAUGAAAACGAAAAGCAUGAAAUAAAGGACCAUGCAUCUUCAUCUAUGGCAUCAUUGUUUGCAACAUCAGAUUUUGUUGCCAAUUUUCAGCUGCCUAGACGUGUAAUGUUGCCUGGCAACAACGUUGAUGAUUCUGCCCCUACAGCUGGAGCGGUUGCUGCCAGAAUGUUAGAGCUCUUCUCCGCGGAUGAUUUGCCUCCCCAGUCUCGUCUCAGUCAAAUGAUAGCCAAGAAAUGUGACAAUAAUUUGCCUUCGCUGAUUGCAUCAGAAGCUAUACACACUGGUCACAAAGAGGAGACUGGCAAAUGGGCAGAUCCUUCAUGCAUGCGAGGCAAUCACGAGUGGGCUCCACCUCGAGCUCAGAUCAUAUUCCACAUACAUCAGUCAGUGAAAAGGAAAGUGGCAGUGGAAAGACAGAACUAUCGCUGUGCUGGCUGCAGCUUGAAAAUUAAUAGUCAACAUAUCAAGUUUUUUCGCUACUGUGAAUACAUGGGACGAUAUUUCUGUAGUAGUUGCCAUGCCAACAAUGUUCAUAUUAUUCCAGCACGAGUUCUUCACAAGUGGGACUUUAGACCGUAUCCUGUUUCUAACUUUGCAUACGAGCUGUUGUCCGGUAUAUUCUAUGAUCCAGUGUUCAAUGUCUCCACCAUUUGUCGCCCAAUAAUUCACAAAGUCAAAGAACUGAGGAUAGCAGCUCAACUUCGAAGACAACUGUAUUAUCUUAAGGAUUUCAUAAGUGCUUGUCGACUGGCUGACAGCUUGUUGCCUGACUUUCAACGUUUUGGGUAUAUUGUAUCUGAUCCUGAAUGGACUUUGUAUUCUCUGAAUGACAUGAAUGUGUUACAUAACGGUGGAUUCGUUCGUGAACUGAAGGAUAUGCUUCUUCGAGGACUCAAGCAUGUCUCUGGUUGUCAGUUGUGCAGUGCACGAGGUUUUGUGUGUGAGGUGUGCAACAAUGCCAAAGACAUUAUCUUUCCCUUUCAAGUCAUCAAAUGUAUCCAGUGUCAACGUUGUAGAAAUUGUUUUCACCGUGUCUGUUUUGACAAAGUGAAGGGACAUUGCAAACGGUGUGAGAGAGUGAGAGCGAGGAAGAUCGUCGGUUCUACAGGAAAGAAUGUCGUCCCAUCAUGACAUUUUAUUGUUCAGACUUGUAAUCAUGCUGGAAAUGAAGUGUACAUACUUUGUUAAAUUUAUCUGGUUUUCUACUUGUAUGUUGAUAGCAUUUAAUAUCUGUAUACAAAAUGAUAAUAAAUGGGAUUUAUGAGUACA